CCGCUGUGUUGUCGUGUCUCACAGGAAAUAUUUCAUCUCCUGCAGCAACAAUGAGUUCAGUUCAGGCUUUGAGAGAGUUUAUCAACGAGCGGCUAGCAGCUGCUGCUGGAGAAAUAUUCACCGUGUUUGAACAAACUAUCAUCCAGUAUGAGGAGGAGAUUGACCGACAGCGCAGAUUGUUCGAAACGAGCUGCAACCCUCACAGGAAGUUACACAGAACAGAGGAUUCUGAGGAAGAGCAGCUCAGUAACAAGGAGACAGACUCCAUUCUAGACCAGGAAGAUGUGGAACCUCUGGAGAUGAAAGAUGACCUGGUGGAACCCGGAACCAGCCAGGAGGAGGAUCAGUUCCUGCUCAAACAGGAGACCGAUAUCUUCAUGAGGACUUCAGCUGAUAAGCAAGCGCCAGAGCCAGGCCUCGAACACUUCCACCCCCACAGCUCUGAGGUGGCUGCCAGUCAAGUUCAGAGGCGAGGGAAGCGCGUCGUCUCUGCAUCAACAUCAACAACAACAACAACCACCACCACCGCGUCCGAGCUGAAUUCCAGCAGAAGUCGUCCCACCAACAGUGUGGACGACUGUCCCGCGUCAGGGAAUCCCAGCCAGGCACAACCAGAUAAAACAUGUUUACAAUGCGGCGUCUGCGGAAAAACGUUUAAGCGUGCUUCUCAAAUGCUGCUCCACCACAGAGUCCACACAGGUGAGAAGCCAUAUUUGUGUGGAACAUGCGGCAAGACAUUUAAUCAUAAACACCAUUUGAAGAAUCACAUGAUAAUCCACACAGACGAGAAACCUUUUUUUUGUGAUAUUUGCAGUAAAGGUUUCAAGCACAAAAGUUCUUAUUUGAGCCAUCUCAAAAUACACCGAGGGGAGAAGCCGCACGCCUGCGACGCGUGCGGGAAACGGUUCUGCGAGCGCAGUAAUCUGUUGGUGCACAUGAGGUGUCACACCAACGAAAGGCCAUUUUUCUGUGAAACCUGUGGUAAGAGUUACAAAUACAGAAAUUAUUUGUUGGUCCACAUGAGAACUCACACGGGCGAGAAGCCUUUCCUCUGUAACACUUGCGGGAAAGGAUUUCGGACUUCAUCGGCUAUGCACAAGCAUGCAGUGAUCCACACCGGGGAGAAGCCAUUCUCAUGCAUCGAAUGCGGUAAAUGUUUCAGCGUACAGGACACUUUGUUGCGGCACAUGAUGACGCACGUGGGACCGAGAAGGUUCCAGACACAAGAGUGAGUUUGCGAAAUAUAAGAACUCACAAAGCUGAAGAGACGCAGUCAAGAAGUUAUCGACGAGAAGCUUGGAGGAAAAAAAAACUGUCGGGUUAAAAGUCAUGGAUGAAAGUACAACUCUCAGAGUUAACAUAGUUUUUACGUAGUUUGCGUGUUAAAUUGUACAUUUGUAUAUACUGCAAAAGCAUUUCCAGGUCAGACUGGUCGGUGGACACGGCGGAUCUCACUAAAGCUUUCUCUCUGCUUAGUUUUCAACAUGCUGGAAGUAAGAAUCUUCAGGUGUGUGAGCUGUUUCAGUUCAGCUCCUUGUGGAACGAUGUGGAUCCACUUGGAUUUCAAUGACUUCACUGCACUUAACUUUCAUUUGCUUGUUGAUUGAAACGGAUUCGACAGUGGAACGUUACAGUUGGGUAGUUUUUGAGACACUUGUCGUGGCUUUGCUUCAGCCAUGUUGGACGGUUUCAGAAUCAACGUGAAGAACUUUGGGCUAAGCCUCCUCAGUCAGAUCAUGAAUUAAGCCAGGUUUAUACUUGCACGAUUCUGUGGCACGCAUUGGCACGAAUGGAGUCGCAAACCUCUCUUAAAGUGGCGUGAAGUGUGCGUAAACCCGCCGUGACUGCGUGCCAUGUCGGGACGAGAAUUUUGAAAUGUUAAAAAUUUUGGGCACGACAAAAUAUCGCGACCGGGCCGUGAACUAUGCGCUAACUGUUCGUGAACUCCUCGUGAACGCGUCGGGACAAUGCGGGAGGAAGCUGCCAGUCGUGACAUGGCAUGCACUGCCACGCACUGCAACAAAUAGUUCACCAACCCGAAUUGCACAACCACGUCGUGCCAACAUAAACUAUGCGCAAACUAUGUGUGAAUGCAUCGUGCCAGUCCGUAACACUGACGGGCGCGCAUUCGUGAACUAUUCGUGAACUGGUCGUGAACAGUGCGGGAGCCCGCCAGUUGGGUGACUCCAGAUUGGCACGCCUUGCCACGACAACAUCGCACAAAAGACAUGCUUGGUCAAGUGAUGCAGGAAGUACUGAGACUGUUUGUAUGGUCACUCAGAAUAUUUCAGCUAUUAUUUAUUUUUAUUUUGUGAAUGAUAAAACUGCAUGGCAGUUGUUUAUUUUGUUUUAUUAUUGCUUGUGAUCUGAAGCAGCAUGGCAAGUACAGAGUGUUUGGAAUGUCACUCAGAAUUUUCUCAGUCAUUGCUUUCAUCCCAUGGCAGUUUUUUAUUACUGCUUGUGAACUGAUGCAGGACAGAGAAUACUGAGAAUGUUUGAAUAGGUUGCCAAUUGAAGCACUGCAGUUUCUUUAGUUUUGCCAAUUGAAGCACUGAAGGUUGCUUAGUUUUGCAAUUGAAACACUGUCGUUCAUUUUUCAGUGAAAAAGAAAAGCCCACAAUGGUUGAUGGAAAAAUACUUUGAAAAGUAUAUUUAAUUGUUUUUGCAUAAUUCAAUAAACAUUGA